AUGGCCAACUUAACCCGGGGCCAGCGCGCUCUCCAUGCUCAAUUGCAACCUUGGAAUCGCUCUCAUUUCCAUGCCCAUCCUCAAUCCCAAUUGUUGCCUGUUUAUGCCCGAUCCCAGCUUUUCUCAACUUCCUCUCCAAGCCAAUCUCGCCGACCUUCCCCAUCACCUCGCCCUUCACCCCCAGCCGCAACCACAGCCUCAAUCCCUUCCAGAAAUGAGAUAAAUGCCCCAAUUAGCACUCUCCCCGCCGAGAUCACUACUCCCUCCCCGCUGUCCUCAUCUGCAGGUGCGGCAGAUAAGCUGAAACGCUAUGUCGAAUUCGGACGCGCAUACCUGACCUUCUACAAGACGGGCCUGAAAAACGUGUACCACAACUAUCGCGCCUCGCUGCCAUUGCGGAAAAAGCUAGGUCUACCAGCCUACAUCCCCAUUUCCCCACCGCGGACAAGCACAUACAACCGCAAAGCGCCAUCAAUAAAACAGGAACCCCAGGUCGGCCGCGCACAGUUCCAGCUCGUCCGUCGCUCGGCGCGCGAUGUUCGCCGCAUGAUCCCUUUCACGAUGAUCUUGAUCGCCUGCGGCGAGCUCACGCCCUUGAUCGUUCCCAUAUUCGGUUCUGCCAUUACUCCCGCGACGUGUCGCGUUCCUUCACAGGUAGAGAAGGAGCGCCUCGCUGCUACGAACCGCAAACUUGCUGCGUUGGAUGCACACAUCACUGGCUCGGAGGAUAAGACGCUAGCACUGCUUAAAUGCGAGAGCGCUGAGCAGUUGUGCCUGGUUGCUAAGCGGUUUGCUGAUCCCGCCUGGGCGGCGAGCGCGGACUCCGCUUCGGUGUUGCGCGCCUGUGCUGUUUUCGGCCUUGUGAAGCGCCAUGAUACGGCCAGGGGCUCGCUGCUAGCCGGUGUGGUGUAUCGACCUCGGCUUGCGCGCUAUGUCGAGUACCUGGCUAUUGAUGAUGGCAUGAUCCGUGCCGGUGGAGGGGUUUCGGCUAUGAAUGCUGCCGAGGUACGGAUUGCAGUUGAAGAACGCGGUGGUGUGGAUGUCUCUUCUGCCACACAAGACCGAAAACAGGCGGAGAAAUUGGAGAGGCGCUGGUUGGAGCAGUGGAUUACAGUUCGUGCCGAUAAUUCCAAGACCAAGACCAAGAAGCUAUGA